GUCCUCGUCGUCGUCGUAUGGGCACCAGAUGACGGGCGAGAAAACUACGCUUAUGGAAAAUUACGCUUCCUUUUUUGGCCUCCCUUGGCUGCGGGCCUUUGUCUCAAGCAAUAGAAAAAAACGACCUGUUUCGGAAAGACGCAGCUAUUUUCGCAUGAUAACUGGAAAGAUCCAAGCUGCAUGUCGGCCUGUAAUGCAACUUUAUGAGCUAAAAACAAAUUCUUGUCGACCUUUUCAAGCAAAAAUCACGGCUAUCAAAAAGAGCAGAAGCACAGGGGUAGCUUAGCACUUUGCAUGAGUAGAAAUGAGGGCGGGCGAGAGGGGGAGGUCUUGUUGUCCACGGGCAUAAAAAACAAGAUCGAUGGUGCAGCCGUAUCAUAUCUGGGCCGCGCAAAUGG